AUUCAAACAAUGCUAAAUUAUGCCAUCAUCAUUUUAUGGUGAUGAAACAAUUCGAAUUACAAUUGGUAUAAUUGGAAUUAAAAAUGGAAUAAUUCGAAUAACAAAUGGAAUUCUCAAAUUACAAGUGAAAUAAUCCAAAUUACAAAUAGAAUUUUCAAAUAACAAUUAAGAAUGUUUCGAAUUAUAUUUGAAAAAGGUGCCCUGUGUAAGUACAUCUCCCAAAAAGCGUCAAAAUUUUGAAUAAUAAUAACAUUUAAAAACGUACAAUAAUAGAAAAUAUAAUUUUCUCCAAACUUCUUAAUAUUUCUAUCAACAAUCUGGUAUAAAGUUGGGACCACUCCUUCUGGUACAUCCUCCACAAAGGGUUAAAUUUUGGAAUAAUUAUAACCCUUAUAACAUGCGAAUCAAUUAAGUGAUUCAUUUUAAACUUCUGGUAUCUCAAUAUUUUUAUCUACCAUGGAUAUUAUAUGAAUCUGCGGUAUAUCGGUCAACUCCUUCUUGACGUCAACAGCACAGAUCGAAAAUGUUGAACAUUUACAAAUCUCAUAAAAUGCUAAAUAACUACCAAAUAUUUCUUUUAAGUUCGGACAUUUCCUACCAAUAUUAUUUGUGGUGUGACUGAUCAGCCCACUCCUUCUGGUACCUUCUCCACAAAGGGUCUAUAUUUUGAAUAGGGUCAAUACUGAAUAUGGUCUCCAAAGUGCAAUAUUUGUACGUACAUUAUUUUGGUCCCAUCUUUAUGGAAUAAAAGGUGUACAUAAAAAAUAGGGUCAAAUGCUGAUGGCAACCCAACUGAUAAUUUGUAACUUGAUUUCUACUAAAUUUUGCAUGGUCUCGUGAAUUAAAUACUCUUAUUGUGAACGAAAUUUUUUGAAAAUAUUGCCUUAAGAUCUAUCAGGAUUUUUCGAAAAGAGAAAUGUAAUAUUGAUAACAUCCGACCCAUAGAACUUAGAUCCAGUUCGAAGAUGUGCUUAUCGGUUAACUUUAUCGUAUAGCUCCAUAUAACGGUACUCCCUAAUUUUAAGCAUUUCCACGAAUUUUGACACAGUUUUCAAUGGAAUUGUCUGGAACUUUGUAUAUUUGAAAGUUGUUACAGAUUCCCCCUUUGCAAAAAAUAUAAUAAUAUAUUUAUAUAAGUCCAUUUUGUGGUAUAGGUCCAUAAACUGUACUGGAAUAUUCAUUUUAGUCGAUAGUUUCAAUUUCAAUAUCUGGCAUGUUGCCGUGCCAAGUUCAUUAAUCUACUAAGAAACUAAAAUCAGGAGAUAUAUUUACUAGAGAACUUAAAAUUUCAAAUUUCAGCGAAAGAAUUGGAAUGGGUCUUACGUCAUAAAAAUCACCAAAAUCUGGAAGCAUCAUUUAUAAUUUGUAGUCAUUUAUUCAAAAAGAUUUGAUAUGUCACAAAUGUAAUAACUUAUCACAGGAACAUUUGAAAACUAUUGUGAGUGUGAGUUCUUAAAUUUAGGGCAUAUACCCCUUUUGUUUGCAUUCAAAAGAUACCGUAAUAUCGGUGGACGUUUAUGUUUUGUUGCUUAUAACAGAUCCAUAUCGUCACAUUUUCUCCGAAAUUUGCAUUGGUUUGGUAAUCUGUGUUCUAAAGGGGUUUGUUUUCAACACAUACCCCAACGUAGUUAUGUGUUUCAUUGUAAAGAAAAAGGGAACAAAUAAAAAAGCUGUAAGUUCGGCCUAGUCGAUCUUUGAAUACCCUCCACCAUUUGGAACGAAUUUGGCAUUUUUAAAAAAAAUAAAAUCCGUUAAUUCUGUUAAAACCUUAAAAAUACCGAAUGUAGCCGUUAUAUUAGGGCUUAUACGAUGACGUGGACCUGCAUAGGCAAAUUUAUUAAUUAAUUAUUAUUAAGCCAUUAUAAUAUUCAUCCGUGAAUAAUUUAGCUAAAAUCAUAAAAACAGCGAAUAUAGGGAGGUACCACUAUAUGGGGGCUAUACCAAAACGUGGACCUACACAGACAAUUUUCUGUCUUAGGCUGUAGUAUCCAUUACAAACUUCCAAUACCAAAGUUGAAACAAUUCCGCUAAAUAAUGUCGCUAAAAUCCUUAAAGUACCGAAUAUCGGGAGGCACCGUUAUAUGGCGGCUAUGCAAAGACUUGUACCUGGACGGACAAUUUUCUGUCUUAGGCUGUAAUAUCCAUUACAAACUUCAAAUACCAAAUUUGAAACAAUUUCGGAGAAUAAUGUCGAUAAAAUCAUGACAGUACCGAAUAUCGGGAAGUACCAUUAUAGGGAGGCUAUACGAAGACGUGGACCUGCACAGACAAUUUUCUGUCUUAGGCUGUAGUAUCCAUUACAAACUUCCAAUACCAAAGUUGAAACAAUUCCGCUAAAUAAUGUCGCUAAAAUCCUUAAAGUACAUAAUAUCGGGAGGUGACGUUAUAUGGGGGCUAUAUGAAGACGAAGAUCUGCAAAGGCAAUUUUCAGUGAUAAGCUGUACUAUCUAUUACGAACUUAAAACACCAAAUUUGAAGCAAUUCCGCUGAAUAAUGCCGCUAAAAUCAUCGAAAUACCGAAUAUCGGGAGGUACCGUUAUAGGGGGGAUAUACGAAGACGUAGACCUACACAGUCAAUUUUCUAUAUAAGGUUGUUAUAUCCAGUAUGAACUUCAAAUACCAAAUUUGAAACAAUUCCGUUGAAUAAUGUCGCUAAAAUCAUCGAAAUACCAAAAAAAGGAGGAGAAAAAUACCAUAACGUGGAUCAACAAGACCCAUUUUUAAUACCAAAAGUCUUGCAGAUAUAACAAACCUUUGAGUAAAAUUUUAUCAACCUACUUCAUUUCGUUCGGAAGUAAGAGUGAUUUCCACAGACGGACAAAUGGACAGAUGGAUAGACGGACGGAUAUCGCUAAAUCGACAUAGAAUUUUAUGUUAAUCAAGAACGUAUAUACUUUGUGGUGUCUAAAAUGUAUAUUUCGAGUGAUACGUGAUACUAUAGUGGAGGGUAUAAAAAUAUAUAUUGUUAUACAAUAGGAAGGCUAAAAUACGCUGUUAUCACCGUAAUAAGUAGAAUUAAGAACUGCAUGUCUUUAUCGACAUUUGUGUAUACCAGUUCGAAGUCAUUUCAUAAAAACUAUGUAGAAUAUUAUUAAAGCAUACUUUUAGGAGGAACACUCAACUACAUGACCAAUGAAAGGUAGUUGAAUACGCAAAGGAAGGAUACGGGAGUAAUUUUACUGCCUAGCCUCGGUGCUGCGUCCCAAAACCUAACACAAUGCUUUUCAAAAUCAUAUUUUUUCCUUACGCAUAGUCAUUGAAUUUUCUUUCUAUUUAUAUAUAAUUCAAUGUCAGAAUCAACAGAAUUGGAAAAUUGUUUCAAGAAAAAUCAAAUUAUUCCUGAUGUAGUAACAGUUGGACCCAAGUCUCUUCUAAAAAUAGCUUAUCAAGGCAACCUACAAGUCGAUAAAGGCAAUGAGUUAACUCCCAGUCAAGUCAAAGAACCACCUACAUUGGAAUGGCCCAAUGAGGAUGCAACAUAUUAUACUCUAAUCAUGACAGAUCCUGAUGCUCCAAGUCGCAAAAAUCCAACAUUUCGCGAAUACCAACAUUGGUUGGUGGCCAAUAUACCUGGAGGUGCCGUGGAAAAAGGAGAUGUUUUAACAGCAUAUAUUGGUUCUGGUCCUCCGAAGGGUACUGGUCUACACCGCUAUGUAUUUUUGGUGUUUAAACAAAAUGGAAAAGUGAAAUUCAAUGAAGAACAUAUACCCAAGAACAAGGGAUCGAGUCGUGGUAAAUUUAAUACAAUGCAAUUUGUUAAGAAAUAUAAAUUAGCUGAGCUUGUAGCUGGGAAUUUUUAUGUUGCCAAAUGGGAUGAAUACGUUCCGCAAGUGCAUAAACAAUUGUCUGGAAAAUAGGCGGUGAUUAUAUGGUUUUUAUAAAGAAAAAAAAAAAGAAUGUCUUGAUAUUUUGGAAACAUAAAAACUGGCGGUGAGUUGGGACGGUUUGAGAUAACUUAUUUUUUAGUCAAAUAGUGAACCAAUCACUGUCUGCAUAUAUUUUUUGUAUAUACCAUCGUCGCUUAUGAUAUAAAAAUGACUCCAAUUCAUUUAUGAUUGAUAGCAAAACCCAAAAUAUCUACAAUGCAUUUUCCACAUUGGCACAACUGUAUCGACAUAGAAUAUUAAGCCAACCAAUAAUAUGUAAAUACAUAACAAUUUGAACGAUUUUUCCCAAUCAAAAAUAUAAA